AUGCCAACAGCUAGUUCUGCAGCGUACGGCUUAUAUGUGCCGAAACCAACAAACCAGCAAAUAACCUACAUUAAUGUACGUCCAAAAGUAGCCUCGUAUGCUCAGACACCCUUGGCUGCAGCAAUAUCUACGCAAUGGGCUUCAUCAUCAUCCAUACAACUGGUAUCUUCUCCGUCACCAACACCGACGUUGACACGUGGAUUUUGGUUUUGGUUUCCAUGGUGCUGCGCUCUUCUGACAUUAUUAGUGGGAGGUUGCAUUGCAGCUGCAGUUUUGGCUACACGAACACAAGAUACUACAACGACAACUGUAACUACGACCACUGCAAGCAUGACGGUUGCAACCACGACCAUUGCAACUACAACCAUUGCAACCACUACCCCUGUAACCACGACCACUGUAACCACAACCAUUGCAACGACGACAACUGUAACAACAACUCUAGCUACAACAGUUUUACCUACGACAACUGUUGCCGUGCCAACUGCCGUUUUAAACAACACCUGCACAGCAAUAAUGAGCGGCUCAACCACCGUUCUGCUGUACCUUCAAGAUGCGGCUAUAUUUUCUUAUACAUACUAUACAUAUACAUUUGUUGCUACAGCAACUACUACAACAAUGAUGCUGGCUCUUCGUCAAGAUCCCAACUAUUGGUGUCUAGAUGAUGUUUCAGUCCAGUACAACGGAGUAGAGCUGUGGCAAGAUGGUGGUUUUGAAUCGAGUCCACUAACUUCCUAUUAUACUUACUGUAAUCCAAAUGGAGCUAGUGCUAGCGGUACUAUAUCAACUUCAUGUGUUCAUUCAGGCAGCUAUAGUUUCUACGAUGGCUCAGUAACAUAUUCGGAUUAUCUCAGCCAAUCAUUUGCAACAGUAAUCGGUGGAAGCUAUAACAUCAGUUUUUGGUUAUCCAAUCUAGGUGGUCCUACGAAUAGUGCCCUAGUGAUCAUUGGCUGA